AUGGCCGAGCCCACCAUCAUGGAGGUUCCUGCGACUAAUUAUCGCUCUCUAUUCAUUUUCUUCGGUUAUCUCGCACUGGCUGUCUUUUUUACCCUAACCUGUUGCCACACCAUCUAUACGAGAUAUCAGGAGCGCCAAAAGCGGAAUGACUGGGCCACGCCGCAAAAGCAAAAGCCCUUCUUUCUAUUCAGCUUCCUUUCGGCAUUGAGUCUCGGCAUGACAUGGUAUCAUAUGAUCAGGCUUUUUAUUUGGUCUUACCACAAUUGGGAAGCUAGUCCUAGCGGUGCAUUCUGGUCAGCUACAGAAAUGUCUCUUGUUGUACGCAUAGGCCUCUGGCUGAAAGAUACAUACGUCUUCCAAGAGGCCUGGGAGACUGUUUCCGUGAGCCCAACACGGGUUUGGUGGAGUGGUCAGAUUUUCGGAUGGACGAUUGGCUGGAGUCUUGUAUUAGGCAUUACUGGCCGGAGAUACGGCAUUCCAAGGGUCUGGGUCUACAUGCUUCUAGCCCAGGCUGUCAGUGUCUCUUUCGCGGCGAAUCUCUAUUUUGCUGCAGUUGCCGUGUCCAGAAAGGCAAACCCGAAGGAUGGCAUAUUUGCAUGGUCGCCACCACUGCUGGCUGAGCUCAUUCCUGUGGCAUUCUCACUUCUUGAUACCGUCGCGGUCCCAAUUUAUGCGUACAAGAAGGAAUUUAUGUGGGUAUUGAUGGCGCCGCACAUUGUCAUUUUCAUUCCUUGCGUGCUCAGGCCCAUAGGUGCCCUCCCACCAGCUAGCAAAGCGCAAGGAGAUCAGACUACCCGUCGAUAUGCUGUCUCCAUCAAGUGGGUUGCGGCUGCUUCAAUCUUACUGCUUGCACAUUUUACCGUCAUGAUGCUGCGAGAGGUCGGAACCGAUGUUCCUUAUGGUGAGGUUGCUCAGAUUUUGUUCGAUACGAUAUAUGUUCACCCGGCCUGCAGCAGUGUCAGCUGGGACGUGAUCAUGUGUACUGUGAGUGGCAUCGCCUGGGUCUAUGUGCACGAUUUCAACACGAGUCAUAUGGUCGGUGGCCGGUGA